UUAAAAACAUAGUAGAACAUCCAUAAAGACAAGUCUCUCUAAAAUGCAAGGCGUUCAUGUCCUUUUGCCUCUUCUAGUUUUGGGUUUGGCAUCCUCUUUUGCCUCUGCCUCUGACCCAAGCCCUCUGCAGGACUUCUGUGUAGCAGUAAAAGACUCCGAAAUUGAAUCUGCUUUGUUUGUGAAUGGAAAGUUCUGCAAGAACCCAAAGGAUGUUACUGCAAAUGAUUUCUUCUUUUCUGGGCUCGAUAAGGCUAGAGACACAUCAAACCGACUUGGCUCAAAUGUUACUCAACUCAACGUUGACAAGAUAGCAGGACUCAACACCUUGGGCAUAUCUCUGGCUCGUAUCGACUACGCACCCUAUGGUCUAAAUCCACCCCACAUUCACCCUCGGGGUACCGAAAUCCUAGUCGUCGUAGAGGGUACACUGGAGGUUGGUUUUGCCACCUCCAACCAAGACGAAAACCGCCUCUUUACAAAAGUCCUAAACAAGGGAGAUGUGUUUGUAUUCCCAGUUGGUCUAAUUCAUUUCCAGUUCAACAGGGGACAUAGCAAUGCAGUUGCCUUUGCUGGUCUCAGCAGCCAAAAUGCAGGAGUGAUCACAAUUGCUAACUCUGUAUUUGGUUCAGAUCCUCGCAUUAAUCCUGAUGUGCUCACCAAGGCCUUCCAAGUUGACAAGAAUAUCAUUGAUUAUCUCCAGAAGCAAUUCUGGGUUGACAACAACUAGACUCUGUUUAUAUUAUUAUAUGAAGCAGUCCAUGAAUUCAUAAACUAUUUAUUAUCUUAUUUAACAUUGUAAUAAUGAUUGAUAAAUAUGUU